GUUGUAGGUUAUUAUGCAACUUGCUUCCUCAUCUGCCCCUCACUCUGCUUCCCUGGCUUUAGUUUUCUCAGGAAUUCAGAUUCAUGGAAAUCUGUAAAACCCAGACAUUGAUGAUGCCGCUGAACUCACAGGGAUCAGUGAGGUGCAGAUGAGGUCAUGGACUGAGGGUGCUCUGUAAACUCUAAGGUGACAUGUGUGUAGUGGCAAGUUUCCUGAACCCAGAUGGGGUGAGUGUGAGUCAACAAGGAAGAAAGUUGUCCAAAAGAGUUCUUAAAAGACCAACACCGCGUGGCCCAGGUUGCAGGGCAGCAUAAAUAGCCUGAGCCUGUGGGCCAAGGAAGCGCUCAUUUGCCUGGAGACCCCAAGCCCUUGUGGAAGCAAUGGCCAUGCUUCUUCUCCUCUCCGUGCUGGUCCUGCUCACACAGCCUCCAAGGUCAUGGGGAGCAAAUGUGAAGACCCUUUCCAAGAAACCUUUGAUUGAUAAUGGCACCCCGGUCACGUGGAGCCCUGUGGAGAAAGGCCUGCCUGGUCGUGAUGGACAAAAUUUGAAAGACGGCCGCCUUUGCAGGAAGGGGAAUCAAGGUUCACCAGGAGCUCCAGGGCCCAUGGGGAUGCCUGGACCUGCUGGCCCAGUUGGGCCCAAAGGGGAUAAUGGAUCUGCUGGAGAACCUGGACCGAAGGGAGACUCGGGGCCACGUGGACCUCCGGGACCUCCAGGUGUGCGUGGGCCGGCUGGACCAGAGGGUCCCUCAGGAAUGCAGGGGAAUGUAGGACCCCAAGGAGAACCAGGCCCCAAAGGAGAGCCUGGGCCCAAAGGAGAAGUGGGUGCCCCAGGCAUUCAGGGCUCUGCAGGGACAAGAGGCCCCCCAGGUCCCAAAGGAGAGAAAGGUGCCCCUGGUGAGCGUGGAGCCCCUGGGCGUGCAGGAGAAGCAGGGCCUGCAGGACGUUCGGGUCCACAGGGACCUCCAGGCGCCAGGGGCCCCCAAGGACUGAAGGGGGACAGAGGUGCUCCUGGGGAGAGAGGACCAAAGGGAGAGAGUGGGCUUCCAGACAUCGCUGCUCUGAGGCAGCAGCUAGAGGCCUUGCAGGGGCAGGUAAGACACCUUCAGGGAGCCCUCCUUCAGCAUAAGAAAGUGGAGCUCUAUCCCAAAGGCCGAGAUGUUGGCCAGAAGGUCUUCAAGACAGCAGGCUUUGUAAAAAGUUUCUACCAGGCACGGCAAAUGUGCUCACAGGCCGGGGGGCAGCUGCCCUCCCCACGCUCUACAGCUGAGAACCACGCCUUGCAACAGCUGGUCCAGUUGGAGAACAGUGGUGCUGCGUUCCUGAGCAUGACUGACUUUUGGAAGGAGGGCAGGUUCACCUACCCAGGAGGGGCGUCCCUGGUCUAUUCCAACUGGGCCCCUGGGGAGCCCAACGACGAUAGCGGCAAGGAGGACUGUGUGGAGAUGUUCAGCAACGGCAAGUGGAACGAUGUGCCCUGUGGAGCGAAGCGCCUUGUGAUCUGCGAGUUCUGAACCCUCGGGGUGGGUGGGGCAGCCGUGGUCCAGGAGCCUGGCCAUGACAGGUGUGCUGCUGACAUGACAAGGAAGAGCUGAGGGCUCUGUGGCCAGGCUUCUGCACAGAGCUGUGGGAUGAGGCCAGCCAAGGGCUCCCAUGGAACUCCUCUCUCAGAAUAAAAUGCGAAAUUGGC